UAGUACGCACAAAAACUGAGCCCAAAAUCUCGUUUCUCGGGCCAUCCAUAUUCACGGAUAUCGAGAAUUUAUGCCUUUUUUCCUUUUUCCAUCAUAACUUUCUUCCUCACCACAAUCCAAUCCAUCAAUUUCCCAUUAAUUCCAAAUUAUCCCCUUUUACCAAUUGCUUUUUAAUGGUCACUCGUCUUCGUUGCUUCCGUUUGUAAAGAGCCAGCCACUCCCUCGACCUCGACCUCGACCUCGAUCUCUCACCCCUUCCCCCCUCUGCAAUUCUCUUCUCUAUCAAACAGCGCAUGUUGUAUCUUGGAAAGAGGGGAUAAGCACAUUGCAUAUGUCUUGAAAAGUUUGAGUUAAUUAUAUUUCAUGGGUUGAACUCAAGAGAUCAUGGAUAGCUUCACCAACGACGAGGAAUCUCAAUUUUUUGACGCGCUGGAGCACAUUGGUGAAGAGCCAAAAUUUAGGAAUUGGGAAUAUGAUGUGUGGAUUAAUGCUCCACAGAGUGUCGGUGAGCGCCGUGAGAAUUUUUUAAGGGAGAUUGGGAUCAGCAUAGGUGAGGUGGAGAGAGAAGCUGUAGAUAGUUGUCAUGAUAGUGAUAUGAGUAUGAGGGGAGAUAUUGAAAGAGUUAUGGAGGAUAGUGGCGCUGUGCUAAGAAGUGAAGAUGAAUUUUCUUCUAGCCGUUCAUCUGUGUCGAGUUGGGACACAGAUGAUCUGGGAUUGUGUAGAAAUGGGGAUGGGAAUCUUAGUGGUGGAUGUGGAUUUGAAUGUGACAUGGGUGGGAUGGUGGAAAACGAGAGUCGAGGAGAUACUCAAUUGAUGGGAUUGGAGUGGCUGCUUUCAUCGGGCGGAUUAGAUAGUGCUUCUCAAUUGCCUUGCACAGUUGAUGAAAUCUGGGAUAGGGGAAAUGAGGCUAGUGUAAAUACAUCAAGAACACGGAGUAAUUUGAGAAAGAGGUUGUUGCGUAGAUUGCGUUCCAUGACUUGCAUGAUGAGUGGGGGUAUGAAAGAAGAGAAUGUUGGAUCUUGUGUCUUCGGCCAGGUACAGGGGUCGAGGAUCUGGAGAGUUAGGGUUCGCCAUUGUCAGAGAAGGUUGAAGGAGCUUUCAGCCCUCUUUACUGGGCAAGAAAUUCAAGCACACGAGGGGCCGAUCACAGCAAUGAAAUUCAGCCUUGAUGGGCAAUACCUUGCUAGUGCUGGUGAAGAUAAGAUUGUCAGAAUCUGGCAGGUGGUGGAGGAUGAGAGAUUGGAUACACUCGACAUUCCAGAUGCAGAUCCAUCGUGUGUAUACUUCUCUGUCAAUCAUCUGUCUGAAUUGGGGCCUUUAAUGGUGGAAAAAGAUAAACUUAAAAAAUCCAAGAGCCUGAGAAGGACACAGGAUUCAGCUUGUAUAGUCUUCCCUUCAAAGGUCUUUCGAAUUUUUGAGAAGCCGUUGCAUGUUUUCCAAGGGCACAGGGGGGAGAUCUUGGAUCUUUCAUGGUCAAAGGAUAAUUGUCUACUGUCAUCGUCUGUUGAUAAAACUGUUCGUCUGUGGCGGGUUGGAGUUGAUCAGUGCCUCAAGGUUUUCCAGCACAGUGAUUAUGUGACCUGCAUCCAAUUUAACCCUGUGAAUGAUGAUUACUUCAUCAGUGGUUCAAUAGAUGGGAAGGCCCGGAUUUGGUCAAUUGGUGGUUGUAAAGUCGUUGACUGGAUUGAAACAAGGGACAUUAUCAGUGCUGUUUCUUACCGCCCCGAUGGCCAGGCUGGUAUUAUUGGUUCUACUGCAGGCACCUGCCACCAUUUUCACUUAUCAGAUAAUCACUUCCAGUUGGGAGCUCAGAUGUGCUUAACAAGUAAGAAGAAGUCAGCUUGCAGAAGGAUUACUGGCUUUCAGUUCUUACCGCAAGAUCCAAGCAAAAUAUUGGUCACAUCUGCUGAUUCAAAAGUUAGAAUUAUCGAUGGGGUGAAUGUGAUUGGGAAGUACAAAGGCCCUCGUAAUGCUGGUAGCCAGAGUAGUGCUUCAUUUACUUGGGAUGGAAAGCAUAUCGUGUCAGCAUCAGAUGACUCCAAUGUUUAUAUGUGGAACUACUCUGAUCAGAGGGAGUCUCUAUCGCAAUCAAAACCUGUUAGGUCCUUCGAAUGUUUCUCCUCCGAUGCCUCUGUUGCCAUACCAUGGCCUGGCUUGAAAUCGGACCAACUGAACACAAAUUCAUUGCCGUUCUCAUCCUCAUCCUCUCUCUAUUUCAUGGACGCGAGCUCAAAGGGAUCUGCGACCUGGCCAGAGGAAAAGCUUCCGGUCCCUAGCCCCCGAGCUGUGACAUCACCUAUUAGCAAAUCUCAGUACAAACUUCUCAAGAGUUGUUGUGAGAGCGCGUCAAGGGGUUCUCAUGCAUGGGGUUUGGUGAUCGUCACCUCAGGGUGGGAUGGACGGAUCAGAUCGUUCCAUAAUUAUGGUUUACCGGUGUCCCUUUAAGACAGGUUGCUAAAAAAAAUGGAUAUGGUCUGAUUUCUUUAGAGAGUGAUUGAGGAGUGCGCUGGAAAUCGAGUGUGGUUUGGCGGAGGACCCCUGUAUAUGGUAACGUCGAGUAUUUGAGGAUGGCGAUGGUUUAGGUCCCUUGAGGGUAUGGGCAUCAGCAGUCAGUCAAAAUGGAGCAAAUUGCAAAGAGAAUUGCAGAGGUAGGGCAUGGGGGUUGAACUAAGAUUGAUGAUGAUGAAUCUUGGUGCUGGCCCAGAAAGGAAAAAUGGGGUGUUGCAUUAGGCAUGAUGGAAUUGAAUGAUGAAUAAUGGUGGGGAAUACCAUCUUUUGUCAUGGUGUUUUCUGGUCUCAAGAUGAUUGAUUGAUUGAUUGACGUGUCCACUGUUGGGAUUCAUAAAACUGGAACAAAUAUCCGCGGCUGCUUCUUGCUCAGAUCCCAUGGAAUUGGGUAAAUUUUGUAUUCAUCUCUGGGAUGUGCAUAACUAUACAUAUACAUAUUCAUAGCUUAGCGUUGUAUAGAAUUGCCUAUAUUAUUCCUUGUAUAUUUUUUUGAGAAAUACGGGCAAAAUUGAGUUUCCACA